AUCAGCAGUACAUGCAACUUCGCAGUGGUGAGUUACAGAUAGGGUGGUUCUGUAAUGGUUGCAGGAACGUCGACGAACCACCACCACCACUUGAAAUCCCGGUAUCGCCACUCAGAAAUCUUGCACAAGAAGAUCUAAGACAUGGGGGUAACACUACCAUACCAGAUGUGUCAUUCGACCUAGCCCAAGAGUACGAACGACCAACACCAGUGGUAGACACGUCUUUAUCUGAUGACCUUGAGCUGAACGACGCAAUCCCCGCCGACGACGCCGUAAUUACGUAUGAGAUUGUGGAGUCCGGGACUAAGCGAGGUGCGGCGAAACUGAUCAGUUCGGAUGGAUAUUCUUACACGAAGGGGGUAACGUCCGGAGAGAGACAAUUCUGGCGAUGCUCGGUGCGAAACAAGACAGUAAAAUGUCCGGCAUCCGUGAAACAGUACCGCGACAUGUUCACAUCGGGUGUAGCAGGACACGUUCAUCCACAAGAUCCUGGUGCUACAAAAAAGAUGAAAAUAGCUAAGAAGGUGAAGGAACUGGCGCGAGAACGUGUCUUUGAGCCAGCCGCCGUAAUCGUGGAACGUGUCAUGAAGGAUAUGGUGGCACCAAACGAUGUCAGCCUACCCAAACCAGCAAAUCUAGUUCGUGCUGUCAACCACCACAGACGUCUCCGUCCCGAUGAUCCUAAAGACUUAGCGUUUGAGGUAAGUAGGCGUCCGCUGGAUCUACUACGACAGGCAAAGAUGUGGUAUAUGGAUGGCACCUUCAAGGUGGUAAAGCAGCCGUUUUACCAGCUACACUCUAUCCACACAUUUGUGAAGAAGGGGGAAGAUGAGAAGCAGGUGCCACUGGCGUACGCUCUGAUGUCGAGGCGAAGUAAAGAUGAUUACGUUCAGGUUUUCAGGAGUCUACGUCGCAGACUGGGGGAUCCCACUGUAGAGUGGAUUAUGUUAGACUUUGAAGUCUUUAAAUCAUAA